AUGUUGAAAAUUAAUGCUGUAAAUCCGAUUACUCCGAAUGAAAUCAUCGAUCUUGUGCUAAGACCACUGUCGAUUGUUGGUGAUAUCAAAAAGCAAAUCGGUGAAAAUAUUCAGACAAAUCCAAAAUUUAUUAAAAUUAUUUACCAAGGAAGGAUAUUAAUUGAUGAAUUAACUCUUGACUCGUAUGGCAUACAAGAUAAUGCAACAGUUUAUUAUACAGUCUCUAAAAAAGCACUCGAAGCAGAGGAAAAGAAAGAAAAAGUUAAAAAACCAGAGGAUUACGAAACAGAAACACUCAUGGAUAAGAUCGCAAACAGUCAACUGGGUAAGAAGAUGAUGGAAUCUAUUGACGAAAACCCAGAACUCAUUCAAAAUCUCUUCAAUCAAAUUCCAAAUUUCGAUAAGGCAAUAGACGAUAACCCUGACAUUGCGUAUGCCAUGAAAGAUAACGAUUUUAUUACAGAUAUGUUCAGGCAAACCACAGCAAAAGGCAACAAAAGAGUCGCGGCCCUGCAAAUGGACAAUAUCGUCAAUCAGGUCGAGCUUCAUCCCGAGCAAAUAUCUCUUUCUAGGCUGAAUGGUAUGGUUGAUCGCUUCUACGAACCUCUAGCUGAUGGAAUGUUUUCAGAACCUCCGAUUAAACUCGUAAUUCCAACCGAAAAACCAGAAACUCCUUCUGUGCUGCCUAUAUCAUACACAGGAGCAGCUGCAUCUGCAAUAAAUAACGUUAAAAAUGAAAUACAGGAAGGAAUGUCAAAAAUUAACAGGGGAAUUCUGGUUUUAAGGAAGAGAAAUGUCUCUGUUUCCAAGAAAUGCUACGAAACAUUCAAGAGCUGUGUAAUUCAGAGGCAAAAUGAACCAUUUAGAAACGCGUUCCCUUCUCAGCUUCAAUUCCUAAAGGCAAGGGGAUUCAUCAACGAAGAUAAUGAUAUAAUGGCUCUUGUUAAAGCAAACGGAAACAUUCAAAAAGCAAUUUCGUAUUUGUGCGAAAUUGAAGGUUCCCAAAACUAA